AUGGCAGAGGAUAGAAAGAGUGAAAUAUUGAAAGAAUUCGAUCCUUUGAACCAAUUCGUGUCUUCUGAAAAUGAUGACACGGUUGAAGAUGUGAUGUCCAAAAAAGAUGAUGCAAACACACAGACGGUCGAAGAAACGAAUAUGAACAUAUCCGCUCAAGAUAUGGGAGAUGAGGAGCCCUUUUAUGACUUCCAGUUGUUUAUUAAACAGCUUCAAACCCCUGAGGCAAGUCCUCUAGUCAAGUAUACAAAAUCGUUCUUACGAAACUUCUUGGCCCAAAGGCUUCUAUGGACAGUCACUGAAGAAAUCAAACUUAUCAAUGACUUUAAAAUGUUCAUUUAUGAUAAAUUCGCUUUGUAUGAGCCAUUCAAAAGUCUCGAUAGUUCCAAAAUCAGAAACGCCAGAGAAGGUAUAGAAAAGCUAAUAAUGGGGAAGCUUUAUUUCCGUUGUUUCUCGCCAAGUCUCUACGACACUCUGCAGAAGCCAUUAGAUGACCAACAUAUGAGGGAUUUGAACGACGACAACACGUUACAGGAGAAAAUUGAACAUUAUAGAUUCAUAAGUCCAGUCAUGCUAGAUAUCCCCGACACCAUGCCAACCGCCAAGCUAAAUAGAUUUGUCCAUUUGGCAAGUACAGAACUGGGUAAGAUAAAUAGGUUUAAAUCACCAAGAGACAAGAUGGUUUGCGUUCUAAACGCAAGCAAAGUCAUAUUUGGCCUACUGAAACAUACGAAGCUGGAACAAAACGGCGCUGAUAGCUUCAUACCCGUGCUAAUCUACUGUAUUUUGAAGGGACAAAUACAAUAUCUAAUCUCCAAUGUGAACUACAUUGAGAGGUUCAGAUCAACAGAAUUUUUGCGGGGCGAAGAAGAAUAUUAUCUGAGCAGCCUUCAAGCUGCAGUCAACUUUAUUAUGAAUCUAUCGGAAUCUUCCCUGACUAUCGAAAAUCACAAGGGCUUUGAAGAGGAAUACCAGGAGAACUUGAAACAAGUGGCCAAGGAGAAGGAUGAACACCAUAAACAAAGAAAAUUAGAUGUGCCAAACGAGUUACAAUCCAACGGCACUUUACUAAAGCCCUUAGAUGAAGUGACCAAUAUAGUAAUCUCCAAAUUCACUGAACUAUUCUCUCCUGUUGAAGAACCUACACAAGAAGAGACUUUAAACUCUGAACGAAGUAGUAAAGAAGAGGACGUUUCUCUAUUGAUCAAGAAAAUUGAAGAGAACGAGCGCAAGGAAACACUGAAGACUCUACAGAAUAUGUUUCCUGACAUGGAGCCAAGCCUGAUAGAGGAUGUCUGUUUUGCUAAGAAAUCACGUAUCGGACCUUGUGUUGAUGCCUUACUUUCCUUAUCCGAGUAA